GACGUCCGCUCUGUCCAAUGGCAUUCCGUCCUCGCGUCGGGCCGGGCCCUGCCCGUCCUGGUCCUCCCGGUGGAGAUGGGCUCCGCCAAGAGCGUGCCGGUCACCCCCGCGCGGCCCCCGCCGCACCACAAGCAGCUGGCCCGGGUGGCCGACCCUCGGUCCCCGAGCGCCGGCAUCCUGCGCACUCCCAUCCAGGUGGAGAGCUCUCCCCAGCCAAACCUCCCAGUCGAGGAGCAAUUGGAAGGUGCUGCCGAGGAGCUGGAGUUUGAUCCCCGUUCUCCCACCCUGGGCAUCGCCAGGACACCUAGGAAGAGCAGCAGCGACCUUACAAGCCCACUGGUGACACAGCUGAUUGAAGCCCUUGGGAUCGAAGACCCCAAACCGAAUCUGCCCCCUGAACCUGCCCUGCCCUCGGAGACACCAUCAUCUCCUGAAUUGGACUUGUCUGUGGGCACCCAGUUUGCCCUGGAGGAUCCGACGCCACCUGAAAGCCAGUCAGAGCUGCCUUCCAAACAGCUGCCUUCCAAGGAAGAAACGGACCCACUCCCAAAUACCCCGGUGGCCAGCCAGGGCUCAGACAAGCCCCUGAAAGACCCCGAGACGCCCAGAUCUUCAGGUUCUAAGCGAAAUAAGAGGAAACCCAAAGGAAAGGUACUGGGGAGAUCGCCCCUCACCAUCCUGUCAGAUGACAACUCCCCCGGCACUCUGGCGUCACGGCAGGGCAAGCGGCUUUCUCCCCUGAGCGAAAAUGUCAGGGGCCUAAAGGAAGGGGCCCUUCUGGGGACAGGCGGACUCGUGAAAGCUGGAGGAGGAGCGUGGGAACCUGGCCAGGACCAUGACAAGGAGAACCAGCACUUCCCCUUGGUGGAGAGCUAGCCCGGCACCCAGCACCCAGCACUCCACUUUACUGGGUCACUCCGCCCUGGCCCCGGGGGAGAGAGAGACUGGAGAGGUUGAUUUUCUUUGACUUUCCAUGAACAUUAUGACUUUUCCACCUGUGAGAGUUUUGGAUUGCGCUUUCUCUGUGUUUUAUGUGAGUUGGUUUAUUAAAGGAGGUGAU